AUGGAAAGCGGGAUAGCGGAAAGUAACACCUCUACUCGUCUCAAUCCCAUUAUGUAUGGCGUAGUGGACACACAACAAGCUUGUAACUGUUCAAUCCAGUCAAAAGACACUUUCUUUGAAACGGAAUAUUUUCAGUCGUUUUCUGACAGUUACAGAAUGUUUCGGUACGUGUUGAACAUUGCUAUACUUCUGCCCUGUUCGAUUUUGGGGCUGGCUGGCAAUGCACUCUCCUUUGUGGUGUUCCGGAAAAGUGGCAGAACGAUGACCUCGACCUUUCUUCUACUCAAAACGCUGGCUGUUGCAGAUUCCCUCAUUCUAAUAUAUUGCCUGUUUUUCAUCUGCGUUCCGAAUCUUACCAUGAUCAAAUCCACGCCGCUGCUGGAGAAGUACAUGGUAUUUAUAGCCGAAAGCAUCCCGUACUCCUAUCCCGUCUUCUUUAUCCUACUGGCGUUAGCUAAUUGGAUCGUGGUUCUCGUAGGACUUGAGCGGUUCAUUGCCAUAUGCCAUCCGUUUAGAGCUAAACUGCUCUGCACCCUCUCCAAGACCAAAAAGCACAUCAUUGCCGUCUUCGUCCUCGCCAUCGCCUUCGGCUUGCCCCGCUUCUGGGAACUGAAAGUUCUGACAGUCAUCGAUUCGCGCUGUCACCCUUCGUGCGGAAAGGUCGAGAAACAACUUUCGGUCGUAUUCACAGAUUUUGGGCGGGAUCCCGUGUAUGUGUACGCCUACCGUAUCGUCUGGCACACCCUGGAGAUCGUCGUAAUCCCCCUGAUUAUGGUGGGGUACUUCAACGUCCACCUAUUGGCCUCCCUGCACAAGAUGGACGAAAACGGCAAGCGCCUGUUUGGCCAGAGAGCGUCAACCAGAAGCACAAACAUCAUGUUAGUGGUGGUAGUCCUCGUCUUCAUUGUCUGCCAGCUACCUCUGUGUUUGACACACAUUAUAAACCCCUUUCGCCCCUUCUUUUCUGUGGUGGCGCAAGACAACUUUCAGUACGCGCUCGAGACUGCCAUCUGCCUCGCUCUGAUCAACCAUGCCUUGAACUUUUGGGUGUAUUACGUCGCCGGGAAGCGAUUUAGGAGGGUUUUUAUGGAGACUUUGUUCCCGUGCUGCGUUGUUCCUGAACCGAGGGAGUCGAAUGGCAUACCGUUGCAUGCCACGCCCACGCCGUAA